UCUCUCAAGUGAUGAAUUUGAUCCCGUCAGGUGUAGUCUUUAUAAAUGCUGAUUUAUUUUUAAAAUGAGCUGGUCGAGGUACCCUUUUCUGGUCAGAUAUGGAACGUCAGACAUUUAUCCUAUCCACUGGUAGUAAACAUUAAACCCUCGAAUUUCCUCCUUAUUCUUUAUGAAUUCUUUUUAAGUGCCACUUUAACACACGAGUCUAUGGGAAAUGAAUUAGGCCUGUGAUCGUGAGCCCUAAAGAGUGUUGCACAAAGAACGUGGAGGGCACUGUAUAACUUCGAAAUGGCGCUCGAGGGAUCUGAAGCGGCAAAAAUAACGCAAGAUUUAGGAUCUGGAUCUUCAGAAUCAAGUGAUGAGGUUCUUGGGUUAUGCAAGAUAAGUCCACUGACAUCCUCCAGUUUCAAGGAGAAAACAGAGCCCAUGCUUGAGGAUAGAAAUGGAAAAGAUGACAAAAACGACGACGAUGAAGAGGCAGAUGAGCUCGUCAUUGAUGAGGGAAAAUCUCCGGAAGAAGAGCAACCUAAAGCCCAGAAGGAGAAGCCAGAGUAUAAGAGACAGGUAUCGACGCCUUUGAAGAAGAGAAAAGUGUCACUUGCUGAGGAUGAGCCUGUAUCUACACCAGCUAGAGAGGAGAAACGUGACGUCGAGGAAGAAACAGCGCCCGAUCUCACCACGUUUGGCUUGCCCCCUGGAUGGACGCGGAAGAUCACAGAAAGAAUGUCCGGGGCAUCUGCAGGAAAGUUUGAUGUAUACCUCACCAGCCCCGAGGGAAAGCGAUGUCGAUCCAUGAAUGAGGUUAUCAACCACCUUGAAAAAACACAUUCACAAUAUAAAAGCGCAGACUUUAUUUUCAAACCCAAGAAUCUUGUGCCCAGUGCUGUAACACCAGCGGCAACGAGGGCACCGUCUAAACAACAAACAACACCAGCAAAGCGUUCGCCGACCAAGACGCCAACUAAGCGACGGAAAUCAGCAGAUAGCAAGGAAAGCACCAAAAAGGCGAAGGUAGACAAGGUGAAAGCUGUGAAGGAAAGGAAGAAGCGUAGCCCGUCGAAAAGCGCCACGCUCCAAAAACAGAAAGGAAAGGAGCCGCGGCUUGUGAGAAAACCGCCUCCGGAAAAGGCGAGUGUGAAAGCGAGCAAGCAGCAGAAAUUCCAGAGACUUCUUGUAAAGAUCAACUUCCAGCAAAAAGGCACCGACGAUAGUGAUUUGGACAGUGAAGAGGAAGAAGAGGAAGAUUCCUUUGACGAAGGGAGCGAACCAGAGGAAGAGAAGAUGGAGGAGAGUCCACAGAUAACACCUAAAAAGAGUCCAAGAGGUUCGAGAAAUAGUCUUUCUGAUUGAAAAUAGGAGGUGGAUAUUUUGCACUUUCCGAAGUAAUUGAAUGUCCUUUUUGAAACCAUUAUUACCAGGUAAUGUACAUUUAAAAAAAUGUCCUUGUCAAAGUAACAAAAUGAAAUAUAUAACUUAAUGAAAUCAACAUUGUCGCUUGUGAUUUCACUGUAAGCAUGGAAUUGGUGACUAUUUGUGUUAUUUAUUAAACUUCACGAAGUGCAAAUUACCCAUCUUCUAGAGUCAUUUUCAUUAUUCAAUUGCUUCGAUAUUUUAAAUAAUACCUUUUUAAACAAUAAUGGUUGAUGUUCUGAAAAAAAUCUGACUGUAAGUUUAGAUUAAAUGUAUGAUUGCUAUUUUUCAAGUUUAUUAUUUGAUAACAAUCAAGGCAUUAUAUUUUAUUUAGGAGGGAUAAAUCACUUUAAACUUUAUAACCGUUGAUCUUUUACUUUGCAAUAUUGUUUUUAUGUCCUCAAUUAUGACUAUUUUCUUUUUGCUCUUGUCUUAGUCUUUAAUAAUUUUGAUUAGUUAUUUUUGUCAUGAUGAUAUGCAUAUUAUACACAUAAUGCUAACUGCAAAGUUUAUAAUUUCAUAACUUUCCCUUGCACAUUUAGCGCCAUCACAACUUACUCGCGGCACAUAAACUGACAUACCAAUUUACCACUUUUUCAGCUGACUUAAGCUCACCGCACACUGCACAAUCCGAAUAUGACACAAUUUUUUAAUAAAUUGCAUUUGUCAUUAAAUAUUAAAGUUGCAAGAAGAAAAAUCAUUUAAAGUUAGGCAUAUUGCGAAGAAUACUGAAAUCAGAAUUCUGCCUUGCUGCAAGCUUUGUGGUCAGAGUAAAGUCCGAAGCGGCAUCGAGUCACAUCCGAUGAUGUCAUUCAAAUUUGGUGUUGAUUUCGUUGUCAUUUCUAUAGAAAAGAAACUGGAAUUUAAUUUUAGUUUUCAUACCACUGAAAUUGAUCAUUAAGAUUCUGUAGGUUGGAACGUUCAUAUCAAAUGCUAUGACAAUUUCUUUGAAAAUCAGAGACACCAAGCUAACAUAUUUUUUGCAAAAAAUGGUGGGGGAAGAGCUGGUGAGGGUGGACACUAUUACUUGUACACUGUUGAGUUGGGUGUGGGUAUCAACAUUAUUGGCUUGGAUCUCUUCUCGAUGGCUUAUAGCAUUUCAAUUCAUUUGUAUGGAACAUACACUGAAUUAAAUUUUCCAUUUUUUGCAGUAUCAUGAGAAGUUUCAUAUGAAUAGUUUACCCAAUAUUGUUGAUUCAUAUUGAAGUUUCAGUGUCAUAUGGUUGUUAUAUUGUGCAACCCAAGUAAGUUGUUGAAACAGCACCAUUUUGGCUUUGGGUUAACACCAGAAAGGCAUUUAAGUAACACCAGUCAUUGUUAAUAUGAAUCGGUUUGAUUCGAAACUGGUGUCUCAACGAUUCUCUGGUGUCUUCCUGUAUACAGUGGUCUAAAAAGCUAGUGAACCCCACCAGAAAAGGAACAUAUUUAAAAGUGUUCAAAUUCUACCAUCUCUUUUAGAUAUAUGUAAUUGUGAAGUCAGGUAAUCAAAAUAUUGCAUUCAAUAAAGUUUGUUUCUCUGGGCUGACCGGACAGUGUAGCUUUGUUGUCUACGUUCAACACUCACUCAGCAUGAAGGAGAGCAUUUUCUGGUGGGGUUCACUAACUUUUUAGCACCACUGUAGAUAUAUGGCCAGUGCUAAUCAAGUCAUUUUUGCAGUGUAGGGAGAUAAUUUACAGAACAAGGAGCAAGAGAAAUAGUCUGAACAUCCUUUGUACAGCUGAGAGAGAAAUGAGGAAGAUUUGAUCAUCGCUGCAUCAUGAAUUGUAUAUUAUUUCACAAGUUGUAAACUAAAUCUUGCCCGAGGUACAUUUCUUUUGCCUCUACUUCUCAUACAAAGUGUAAGAUAAUAAAAUGGUUCUUGACGGCAUAGCGAAAGGGCAAGUCUGUAUAAAGAGUAGGUUAAUGGUAUUGGGACUGUUUGUCCAUAGUGAGAUACGUAGUUUGGUUUGGAACAAACAGCUUAUAAAGUAUGGAUAUUUAGAUAUAGUUAGAAAAGGGUUAGAGUAUACAAGGUUUACAGGAUGAAUGGAAUUCGGAGUAAUAUGUAAUUGAGCUUUUAUUCUAAUUAGCAUGAUGGAAGUGUAAUAUAUUUAUUAGAUGGAGACAAUAUUCAAAGGAGAUUUGGUGGAUACUUCAUCCCAUCAUGCAACAUUCUUCGCAACUCCUUACUUUUUUUUUUCUAGUCUUCAACAUGCUUUGGUUUUAACACUGAAUCAUUUAUCUUUUAAGAAUUUGUACGACUUUCCAUUGAUAUGAUUUUUAAUGGCCCAUUCUCAAAAGACAGCCCAACCUUUGACUAAAUUUGUUAAGUUUACAUGGAAGCUCAAAAAGUAAAAUGGGUUGACACUUGACCCCCCCCCCCCUCCCCAAAAAAUAGAAUUAAAAAAAAAAAAUUGGCAAAUCAAGUGAUGGAGUUUCUGGGGAUCAUGUAAAGCAAUACAAGUGUUGUUAACAAAGGGCCAUUUUAGAUCGCGGUAUGGGAUUAAACAUAUGGCUUGCCAUACAUAUAUCGGCUUACGCUGGCUAAAAUAUCCAGGUAAGGCUGCCUGACAGUCUCUUAAGUGUUGUUGUUCAUGUUAAUUGAUUUACUAUUGGAGUAUGCUUGAUAAAUGGGCUACAUACUUUGUAAUCCACUUGACAAAUGUUCAGUACAUUGGUUUCACAUCCAUUAUCACAGAGCGCGCAUGAGUUCUUCAAAGUUUUUAUCUUCCUUUGCAAGAUCACACUGAGAUGGGUAUGUCGAUCGUUUCAAUACAUUAAUUAGAAUAAUAGUUCAUGUGAGUGUAUUAUACUUGAUUUUUACUGGUGUCAAAGGGAUGGGUUUUUUGUUGUUUUUUGUUUAGACCUGGAGGGCAUUUCAUGAAAGGACUUGUCGGACGUUUUAUCCGACAAGUCCCAUUUUAUCCGACAGUUACCAUAGGAACAGUGCCUUUCAGCCAAUCAAAAUCAUGGAAAGAUGUCAGAUCUGACAACUUGUCGGAUGAAAAUAUUGAUGAAACGCUCCCCUGUACCCACAUGGAGGGAGUAAAUUGGUUACUCGACUAUGAUUGAUUGAUUGGUGGUGAUUUUUUACCUGAUUGCUAAGAAAGCAUGAAUGCUUGUAAGUAAGCAACCAGAGGACCGACAGCUUAAUGUCCUCUCUGAAGGACCUGGUACUGAGGAUUAAUGCCUUACCAAAGGGCACUAGCGCACCAAGUGUGAAUCGAACCCGGGUCAUCAGAAUACGAAUCCCCCGCUCUACCGACCCUAAAAACACUCUGUCAGUGCACAUGCUUAGCAAUAUAAUUGAGUGAACCCCCAAUUGAUCCCCCCCCCCCCCCCCGAAUGUAUAUUUGAAGGAAUUGUUCUACGUUUGGCUUUCUUGUCGGUUCAAAGUGAAAUCAUUUUGAGAUUUCCAACUUUGAAGUUCUCUGUUUCUGGUGAAGUCACUCCCGUAUGAACUCACCAAAGCAGCUUUCGGCCGCAUCAACGCCAAGCUUGUAUAUAACCAAUUACAUAGGAAACAUAGGCUCACAUCAUAUCAUUGAACAGUGAAAGAAAUGUUAUUUUCUUAUUUUGUACUUCUGCACCCACGAUUUACACUGUGAGGUCACUCAGAUGUGGAAUGUGCAAAAUAAAAGUAAUGUACAUCGUUUUACUGCCCUUUUUGUCAUUUCCAGGGCAAAAUCAUCCCCUAUCUAUUUUUCCCCUGCACUGCUUGCGUGAUGAAGUUGAUAAAUGGGAGAACACAGUAUAUUUCGAGAUAGAGUUUGUUUGUCGACAGAAGGGAAAUGAUAUUUCUCCAAAAAAUAUUUUAGAUGCUCAUGGUUUCUUUAUUACUCUUCAUCAUAUUAAACUUAUGCUUAAUUUUUUAAUCUGUUAAAACCCUCUUUGCCCCCCCCCCCUCCCAUCUCAUCCUCCCAAAUAUGUCACUUAGUGUGACUUUUUUUUUUCUUUCCAAAACUGAAGCACUUGUAUUUCUUUUGUAUCAAUCAGAUGCUCAAGCUUCUUGUGACAUGGAAUUUGAUUCCUUGUAUACCUCAUCAAAAGCAACUUGAUACAAGUUUUUAUUAUUUUGUGAAUAUUAAAUUGGGUAAUUGGUAGGCUUUUCAUGGUGGUCUAAGUUUUUUUUUUGGAUUAUGUUAAAGGAGUGAAGGGUGUUGUAAACUUGUUCUUGGUAAAAACAAAAGGGGAAAAAAAAUGGUGAAUGUAUGGGCCAUAUGUGAGCGGACAGUCAUUGGUUCGAAAUGUAUAGAUAUUUACCUUUGAAUUAUAGUUGGGUAUUACAUAAAAGAGGUGUACAUGUAGUAAUAUCUGAACUGGAUUUUUAUGAAAAGAAAUAUAUUUUUCACUUCUUUAAUACAUCUACUUGUAAAGAUAUUUGUAAAUACUGGACAACGUCUACCUUUUAUCGAUUUGUUUCUUUUUUUGGAGUAUUGAGAAACAGAUUUAUUUAGUUAUAGUUUCAUGUAUACUGGUAGAUUUUGUAUUUUAUUUCAACUAACUAACUAUAUGCGUAAUGAACUUUGAAUAUCACCAUUCCUUUCUAAUUGUGAUUGAGAACGUUGUGAAAUUUGAUGAAAGAUCUGUAACUUUUGCCUGUGUGCCAUUGCAAUCCUUAGAUUGAUUUGUUUUAUUCAAAUUAAACUGUCUGAAAGUUUUUGUACUUCUAA